UGAAAAUGAAAUUGAUUUAUUUUGUCAUCCUCCUUGGGCUGGCGGCGGUGGAUAAGAGCCAAAAAGGUGGGCUUAGUCCAGGGGUAGUAAGUUAAGAUUACUAACUACUCUUCGAUACAUCAACAUAAUAUUGCCAAAGGAGUUGGUGAACGACUUAGCGCAACUAUGUUAAAUAUGGCUUGACAUGUAGAUUGACAUAAAUAAAGUUUGCAAUUAUUUAUUUUUCUGUGUUUAGUUUAAUUUUUUGAAACGCCGGGAAGUAUGUUUCAGAAUGCACCUGGCAAGCUAAACCAGUUUCCAUGAACUGUCUAUAUAAAUGGGAAAUUAUAUGCAAGCUCAGUAUAAAACCCAGUGUCAUAGACUUAAAGCUUCAGUAUCAAAUCAAAUAUGCAACUGAGUAUUUUGUUCCUGCUGCUUGGCUGGGUCGCCGUGGCACAUUCUUUUGGGCUAGGCCAGCUCUUUUUAAUCUCAUCAAGGAAACCAUCUUCUAAUGAAAACAAUGAUCAAUCCGCGUCGAAGGGGUCAACACAGCAUUUUAAGCGGUGCAAGCCUGUUGAGUCAAGAACCAUCACUCAAUAUGAAACCACCACAAGACGGCUUGUUCCCCUGCCAACUCUUGCACCCAGUUCUAUGUCGAGUUCAGAAGAACCCAAUAGUAUAGACUAUUAUGAUGAUAUCCCCUUUUUCAACGGAAGAAGGCUUGUACCAUUACCAACUCUCAAGCCGACUUCAGAAAGUCUAAUUAGCAGGGAAGAUGAUAUAACAAGUCGCCAAAGACGAGGCAUUUUAGUCUUGCCGUCAAGUAUCAUCGAAUCUGCUUUGGGCACAGCGGGAAUUUUGAGAGAACAAUUCCAUGAAAACGUGGCUUACCCCAUAAGAAAACUUGUACAUAUGCCAACUGUUGAACCGUUUAGCUUGCCAGGCACUGAUCAAAAUGGCGAUGAUUGCUAGUCCCUCGAACUAAAAUCUUAUGUUUAACCCAAAAUACAACACAAUACAACACUCAUUUCCAAGAACUAAUAAAUAUUGCAAACUGG